GAGCCAUAACAGAGUGACACGCAGUCUUAGGAAGAGGGAAAAAAGAAGAUGGCAGGUUCCAAAUCAGCGUUGGUGUUGUGCAUGGAUGUUGGGUUCUCCAUGUCCAACUCCGCCCCGGGUGAAGAGCCUGCCUUUGAACUUGCCAAAAAAGUCAUUCAGAAGUUUGUCCAGCGCCAGGUUUUUAAAGAGACCAAGGAUGAGCUGGCUUUAGUUCUGUUUGGCACAGACUCCACCAACAACUCACUGGAUCAGGACGACCAGUACCAGCACAUCAGCGUGCAUCGUCACCUCAUGGUGCCUGACUUUGAGCUUCUGGAGGAAAUAGAGAAUAAGAUCCAUCCAGAGAGUCAGCAGGCUGAUUGGCUGGAUGCUCUUGUUGUGUGCAUGGAUCUCCUAAAGAAAGAAACACAGGGGAAAAAGUGUGAUCGUCUCAACGUUGUCCUCCUGACUGACCUCAACACGCAGGCCAGCUCAGAGCAGCUCGAUGUCAUUAUUGAAAACCUGAAACAAGCCGACAUCACCCUGCAGUUCUUUUUGCCCUUCCCUGCGGAGGAAGAUGAAGAGGUUGGAGGAGAUGCUGGCGAAGGAGGCCCCUGUCACCCAGGCACAGGAAAAGGUCUGUCCAGGGAACAGCAGAGUGGCCUGGACAUGGUGAAACACAUCAUGCUGAGCCUGGAUGAGGAGGACGGCUUGACUGAAAUUUACUCCUUCAGGAAAGCAAUCGAGCAGUUGUGCAUGUUCAAGCGCAUCGAGAGGAAACCCAUGGCCUGGCCCUGUCAACUGACCAUCGGUAGCUGUCUGUCUAUCCGUAUCGUUGGAUACAAAGCAGUGACAGAAGAGAAACUGAAGAAGAUAUGGGCUACAGUCGAUGCUCAAUCAAAUCAGAAGGACGACGUGAAGAGAGAGACUGUCUACUGCCUGGAUGAUGACAAUGAGACAGAGGUGCCAAAGGAGGAUACCAUCCAAGGUUUUCGUUAUGGAAGUGAUAUUGUUCCCUUCGACAAAAUUGAUCAAGAGCAUAUGAAAUACAAGCACGACGGGAAAAGCUUUGCUGUUCUCGGAUUUGCCAAACAGAACAUGAUACGUCGCCAUCAGUUCAUGGGGACUCAAGUCAUCAAGAUUUUUCCUGGCAGAGAUGAUGAGCAUGCAGGAGUUGCACUGUCCGCUCUCAUCCGAGCACUAGAUGAACUCAACAUGGUGGCCAUUAUACGUUACGCGUAUGACCGACGCUGCAACCCUCAAGUAGGAGCAGCCUUCCCGUGCAUCAAGCUGGACUAUGAGUGCCUGAUGUACAUCCAGCUGCCCUUCAUGGAAGACCUGAGACAGUAUACAUUCCCUUCCUUUGAAAACAACAAAAAGUUCACUCCGUCAGACACCCAGCUGUCUGCUGUGGACUCUCUUAUUGACUCCAUGAUGCUGGUUGAGAAGGAUGAAAACGGGGAUGAAAAGGAUAUGUACAAGGUCCAUAACAUUCCCAACCCGUCCUUCCAGAGGCACUUCCAGUGUGUGCAUCAUCGGGCAGUAUGUCCCGGCACCCCGCUUCCCCCCAUGGAGCCGUGGCUGAAGGCUGCUCUCGAGCGCCCUGAUAUCAUUACUGAACGCUGCCAGGCUCCACUCGAGGAGGUGAAGAGGAAGUUUCCUCUCACAGAAGUGGAGAAGAAGAAGAAGGUCAAGACCAGUGCACAGAUAUUUGGCAAAGACUCUGAGGAGCCAGGUGCCAAGAAGGCCAAAGAAGAGGAAGACGAGGAGGAUUAUAGCCUGGCUAACAUCGCUGAAGGCCCUGUUACUUCGGUGGGAAGCGUGGAUCCAGCCAGAGACUUCCGGACUCUGCUCAAGAAGAAGAGUCUUUCAUUUGGAGAGGUCUGUCAGCAACUGACUCACAGGAUAGAGCAGUUGCUUGGCAACAAGAACACACACUACUACAUGAAAAGCAUCACCUGCAUCGAGGCUUUUAGAGAGCAGUCUGUUAAGCUGGGGGAUGCCAGUCUGUACAAUGGCUACCUGCAGUCCCUGAAAAGAAGCAUCCCAAACCGAGGGCUGGAGGUCUUCUGGGACCUGCUUGUUCAAGAUGCCAUAACACUGAUCAGCAAGGACGAGGUUGAAGGAAGCACUGUGUCCAAAAGUGAAUCUAAUCAGUUUCUGGUUACUGAGGAGAAGAAGGAAGAGGCAGCUGCACCUCCUGCUGAAGAUACUGGAGAUGUUGAUGACUUGCUGGACAUGAUGUAAAAAAAUAGGGAAGGUCUGCAGCGGACAUGCAGGGAAACGAGAAGAAUGCAUCAUUCAUUUCGGAUAGACCAAUCCAAUUCAGCCGUCCAUUGUUCUGCUCCAACUUGGGGACCCCUGACGUAUAACUGGUGAUACUGAAUGCAGAACUGUGUUGAACUAAACUGAAAUUAAUAAGAAUAACUGUUUGUUGAGGGCUUUACAUGUGUUUGUCUUAAAAUUAUUUUAUACUGAGUUCUAAUUUCAAUGUUAAUCAUCAGUAAUGUCGGAACAAUGAAUGUUUAAAAUCUCAAGAUUUUAUUUGCACUUCAAACCCUUUGUGACUUUAUAUAAGAGAGCACUGUCUUAUCCAAUAAGCUGCUGGGUUAAUAUCUUAAAGCUUAAUCGCUGAUGAUGAAUGCUC